AUGCCAAUGCAAAUCUCAAUCACAUUCUUGUGCUUAGUCCUGUUAGCAUUAGCAAAUGGUUCUUAUGCUGGACAAAUUGUUAUCUACUGGGGCCAGAAUGGGAACGAGGGCACACUGAUGGAGGCUUGUGCCACAGGGAACUAUGAUUAUGUGAUCAUAGCCUUUUUGCCAACCUUUGGCAAGGGCGAAACUCCCAUGAUUAAUCUUGCAGGUCACUGUGAUCCUCAAAAAAAUGAGUGCAUAGGUUUAAGCUCAGACAUCAAAUCUUGUCAAGCCAAAGGCAUCAAGGUUUUGCUCUCUUUAAGAGGAGAUACUGGAAGCCACUCAAUUGAUCCAAGUGAAGUAGCCACAUACCUUUGGAACAACUUCUUGGGGGGACAAUCAUCAUCUCGCCCUCUUGGCCCUGCUGUACUUGAUGGCAUUGACUUUGACAUUGAAGGUGGAUCAAACAAACACUGGGGUGAUCUUGCCAGGCUCCUUAAAGGGUAUGGCAUGAUGGGCAAGCAGAGCAAGCAAGUGUACAUAACUGCAGCACCUCAGUGCCCAUUUCCUGAUGCUUGGAUAGGAAAUGCUCUGACAACAGGUCUUUUUGACUAUGUUUGGAUCCAAUUCUACAACAACCCUCCUUGCCAAUAUACUUCUGGAGCGAUUAGCAACCUUGAAAAUGCAUGGAAGCAAUGGAUCACAAGUAUCCCUGCCAACAAGAUAUUCCUGGGGUUACCAGCUUCCUCACAGGCAGCAGGCAGUGGCUUCAUUCCUUCUGCUGAUCUCAUAUCUCAAGUGCUUCCAGCCAUUAGGGAUUCUGCAAAGUAUGGUGGUGUUAUGCUGUGGUCCAGGUACUAUGAUGUUCAGAGUGGCUACAGUUCUUCUAUUAAGAGCUAUGUUUAA